GGACUAUGGGGCUGCGGGAAACACCAGAAGAUCAAGUACGGUGACUUGUGCGUAGGGGGCGAGCACCGCGAACCGACGCGUUUGUUUGUUUCCUAACAACACCGUGCUGGAGAAAUGCACAGUGGUUAAGAGUGCACACUCCUGCUGCGGAGGACAGGAGCUCCGUUUCCGCGUAGGGCAGCUCACAACCGCCCGUACCUCAGGCUGCAGGGUGAUCUGCCGCCUUUGGCUCCCUGGCACCUGCAUUGUAGCGUAGGAACUCACAUAGACACAUGGAUUAAAGACUCAGAGAGGCCGUUUACUCGGAGGGCGUGUGACGCACCGGCGGGGCUGAGCCCGGGGCCCGCGGCGGCGGAAGGAAGGAAGCGCGAGCGCAGGCCGGGCUCGGCGGAGGCUGUGCGCCCGGGGGAGGAGCCUGAGCGGCCGGGCGGCGGGCGCAGCGGCCCAGCCAUGUCCGCCGAGGAGAUGGUGCAGAUCCGCCUGGAAGACCGCUGCUACCCGGUGAGCAAGAGCAAACUGAUCGAACAGAGCGACUACUUCCGCGCGCUCUACCGCUCCGGCAUGCGCGAGGCCGUGCGGCCCGAGGUGGGCCCGGAGGUGCAGCAGCUGCGCGGCCUGAGCGCUCCGGGCCUGCGGCUGGUGCUGGACUUCAUCAACGCGGGCGGCGCGCGCGAGGGCUGGGGCCUGAGCGAGGACGAGCUGGCCGAGGCUAGUGUGCUGUCCGAGAUGGUGGAGGCCGCGUCCUUUCUGCAGGUCACGGCGCUGCUGCGCUUGCUGCUGUCGCACGUGCGUCUGGGCAACUGCCUGGAGCUGUACCGCCUGGCGCAGGUGUACGGGCUGCCCGACCUGCAGGACGCCUGCCUGCGCUUCAUGGUGCUGCGCUUCCACCAGGUGCUGUGUCAGCCGCAAUUCCCGCUACUGCUGUCGCCGCCGCAGGCCCCCGGGGACUGUAGCCUGAAGCAGAGGCUGAGGGAGGCCCGCAUGCGCGGGACCCCGGUCCUGGUGGCCCUGGGGGACUUCCUCGGGGGACCCCUGGCCCCGCACCCAUAUCAAGGGGAACCCCCGUCCAUGCUUAGGUACGAGGAGACCACGGAGCGCUGGUUCCCCCUGGCCAACAACCUGCCUCCCGACCUGGUGAACGUCAGGGGCUAUGGCUCAGCCAUCUUGGACAACUACCUCUUCAUCGUGGGUGGUUACAGGAUCACCAGCCAGGAGAUCUCAGCGGCACACUCCUACAAUCCCAUCACCAACGAGUGGCUGCAGGUGGCCUCCAUGAACCAGAAGCGAUCUAACUUCAAACUUGUGGCUGUCAAUUCGAAGCUUUACGCCAUCGGUGGGCAGGCCGUUUCUAACGUGGAGUGCUACAAUCCCGAGCAAGAUUCGUGGAAUUUUGUGGCUCCCCUGCCAAACCCUCUGGCUGAGUUCUCUGCCUGCGAGUGCAAGGGGAAGAUUUAUGUCAUUGGUGGAUAUACCACCCGAGAUCGCAACAUGAACAUCCUGCAGUACUGCCCCUCCGCCGACCUCUGGACGCUGUUUGAGACCUGUGACGUCCAUAUCCGCAAGCAGCAGAUGGUGUCCGUGGAGGAGACCAUCUACAUCGUGGGUGGGUGUCUCCAUGAACUGGGGCCCAGCCGCAGGAGCAGCCAAAGUGAGGACAUGCUCACCGUGCAGUCCUACAACACGGUCACGCGUCAGUGGCUCUACCUGAAGGAGAACACGUCCAAAUCGGGCCUGAACUUGACAUGCGCACUGCACAAUGACGGCAUCUACAUUAUGAGCAGGGACAUCACCCUGUCCACCAGCUUGGAGCACCGAGUGUUUCUCAAGUACAACAUCUUUGCUGACAGCUGGGAAGCCUUCCGGCGGUUCCCAGCUUUCGGACAUAACUUGUUGAUUUCCUCUCUCUAUCUGCCCAAUAAAGCAGAGACCUGACUGAUUCAACGGUAUUUAAAAGAAAAGUCUGGUUCAAGGGGGAAAAAGCAAGCCUUUGAAGUCCUGACUCCUGAAGGGACAGAGCGGGCUAACGUAGGUCACGUGUGUAGGCGGCUCAGCUGUAAAUAAGCUUUCUUGAACUAAUUACUUGAAAACUUGGGGUGAAGAGACCAACCCUAUUUUUUCCAGAUUGGGUUUUUUUUUUGUAUCAUGGGAACAAAUAUCAUGAUAAGUAUUCAUCCAAACCUAACAGUCUUGGAGCAACAACUAAAACCCACCAUUAAAAAGUAGACUGCUAGGGUCUGCUUUGUACGGGCCAAGGUCAGUAGCUAACCUGAUAGUAAUGGUUUUGUUUUGUGUUUUUUUCCCUGCUGGGAAUGGAAUCCAGGGCCUCAUGGUAGUCCCAGAAAAGAUGACACUAAAAAUGCCCUUUCUUCAGGUCACCUGAGAUCUCCUCAGAAAGGGCAUUCCUUUUGGUGAUCGGUUUAUUUGACAAGCAUUAGGAUCCAUCACCUCCUUAGCUUCCGGCUCGCUUGUCACCCCAUUGUCACUCUGUCUCUCUGGGCAGACGUUUUAUCUUAUAUUUGUUUUCAGAAACCCUAACAGGUGUGUCUGAAAUCAUAUUAUCAUUUAUAAACUUUUUUUAAAAAAAAAGUCUCUUCAUGUUCUAAGUACCUGAUGUUGUGUUGGCUGCUUCGAAGCUGUCCUUGGGGCCCACAAGCUAUGGUUGCCUUGCCUGCUACAAGGAUAGAGGCAGACAGAGAAACCACAUAAGCAGCCAGACCAUCCACAAAUGUGGAUAAACACAUUUCUCAGCCACUUUCCCAGUCUUUGUGCAAUUGAGAAUGCUGUCUAAAGUAGACUAGUGAACCUCUUAUGCCAUGUGGGGCAAAUGAGGGUCUGUGUGGGUCACCAUAGCUGCAUUGUGAGGGCUUUGUUUUUAGAAGAUUGCUAUAAACACUUUAUAAAUUGAGUCUUAGAUGAGGAGGACCACAUGAGGAAAGAUGCCUUUAGGAGUUAUUUUAAUUGAAUGUAUUUGACCUAGUUCUUGUUUUAAGACAAAAAUCAAAACCAAACCAAACCGAUGUUUGCACAUUUACUUAGGUUUUCUCCUAGCUUCAUCUUAACCUUAGAUGUUCAGCUGUGUUUUGCCUUUUUAAGGGAAGGAUGGCUGUAGCUGAUGUGUGCUAGAAAGCAGGGGAGAUGUCCUUUACAGACAUGGGAUGGCUUCUGCUGGCCUUUCUGACUUGAGGUGAGGUGCUGGCUUCAGAGCUCUCCUGCCAACAACGGUGCAUAACUUAAGGACCUGCCAAUCAUGGGUCUGUGUUUCUUAAAAGACUCAAGGGCCUACUUAGCACGCAUGAGAGGCCCCAGGUUUAAUCUCCGGCACUUACAGCAACAGCAACAAGGUCCUCACCUACAGGAAUUUUGAUUGAAGAGAAUUUGCUGCAACCAGCUGCUAUCUUGUAAUAGAGUCGGCUAAAGGGACCGGACUCCAUCUCUACACCAGCAGCGGGCUGCCGCCUUGCAUAUUAAAGAAAGCUCCACAGAGAACCAAGAGCUACAGGCAGAUUCUUCCUGGUUCCUUGCACAGCUGCUUUCCUGAUGGCUGGCCAUGGGAGAGGGAAGCUAGUAGGACCUAGUAGGUCUUCAGUGUUAAUGAGGGAGUCACUUCAGAGUUUUUUUGCAGCCAUGCCUCUAAUACAGCUUUAGAGCCUUGUUAUAAAACUCUUCUUUGCACAGUGGUCUAGAAGCUCUGCUAGUCUUUAUUUGGGACAUGGUGACAAUUCUUAGUGUCUUGUCAUGAAAUCUACCAAUAUCCAAUCAACCUCCUUGUAAUGCCAUUGGAAGCUUACAGGCCAUUUCUAGCCACAUUUGUUUUCAAACACUAAGUCUGUUUUUCUUACUCCCACCCCUUUUUUUCCCUCUCUAAGACAGGGUAUUGCCUUACAAUUCAGGAUAACUCCAAACUGGAGACUCUCACCUCAGCCUCUUGCUUCCGUGCCUGUCUUUAUGUAUUACUUUUAAAAUUGUUUUGCUGGGUUCUUUUCAAAUAACAAAAAACUCUGAGCUAAAAUCUUUACCAAAAUGGUACUUAUAUAAUAGAUUUAAUUUAUAUUCACUAUAGAAUUGAAUUUUGGAGGAGUCUAUAAUUUCAUUACUGUACUUUAAAAUCUAAUUUAUGUUUGUUGUUAUAGGUCUUCAUUUUUAUGCAGCCUAGUCCUGAAUAUUCAGAGGGAACUGGCAGUUGAAUUAGCAAUGAACAAAGAUGGGCAAUUAUCUUGUGAAAAUGCACAUCUUAAAAGCCCAUCAUGGCAUCUACCUGUUGACUAGUUCUCUUCCUGAUGGCCAUCUUUGGACAUAUUUCCUAAUGCCAGCAACUAGAUUCUUGGACCAAGGGAAGUUCUAACACUGACAUCCACAAAGCUCUCACCCCAGGCUUACCAUGUAGCCUGUGUGCAGUAUAUGGCUCUGGGGUUUAGAUGCACAGACUCCCAAUAGAAGUUUGUUGUUCUUGCUGCCAUCUAUGCUUGGAGAAGAGAGUCAUGUCAUAGAACUGGGAAGGUUUUAUGACAUCUGUCUGCCUGUGCCCUUUCUGAGCAUUCUGAGAGCACUUGGAGUUCAGCUGGUGCCGACUGCAGACUUCCCCAGGAUGAUCGUGUUCCUUUAGAAGCCUUCCCUUCCUCAGACAACUCCUUAUGUGAUACUUUGUAUUUCUUUCCAUUCUCUGUUGCCUUACUCCCCCUACCCCCAGCUUCUGAGGGGUUCUAGCUCCCACUGUGUAGCAGGAAAUGUCUAGGAGUACCCCCAAGGGAGCUUCCUGUCAAGUGUGUACUCCUACUCCGGGAGGCUUCUCCCCUUGGCAGCAGAAAGGUUCUGAGAUGAUUGUGUGAGACUCUUUAACUUCUGCAAUCUGAGCUAGGACAUAUUAUCAAAGAACCUACAAGGGGGGGGGGAGGAUGCUGGCAAGAAACACAUAAGGCUUAAGAUUAAGCAUGAAACCAAAGAGACGUUGAUCCUGCUGUUUUCUGUUGUUUCUAAAGCCAAGAACCCAAGCAAACUUAAAUGCCUUAGGUUUCCGUUCAAGCAGAGGGAAGGCGAGGAUACUGUAGCUCUAUACUGGGAGAACAGAGGAAAAUGUUUCUUUUUAACAAAUAGUUGUUUAUAGACUAUUAGAGGUGCAGUCCUCAUAAUUCCAGGUAAAGUUAUAAGCCUGUUUGGCCAAAGAGGUAAAUAGAAGGGGCCCUGAUGUCUUGGUCAAAGUGUUUGGUGAGCUUAGCUUAGCACUGCUGACGUGAGGGGCUGCAGGGCAAAGGGAUCAUGCUGAAGGCUGUCUUGACCUUACCCAGGAGUGCGGGGUCUGUGUGUACACUUGCUCUGUCAGGGUUUGCACUUGGGAGACCUGUCAAUCAGUGCUACCAGACAUCCUGCCAGCCUACCAGAGUGAAGUGAAUGCCAGUUCCCGCCCCUGCCUCCGAGAUAGUCAGUAUGAAGGGAGCUGUGAUCUCUGGAAGCAGUGAGCUACAUCAAUUCCAUUCCGUGGUGACCAGAAACAUUGAGUGUUGGUGUGAGAUGGAGCCUAGCCUGGGGACACUGACUAAGCCACUGUCCCUGGGACACUGUGCUCUCAUUUCAGCCAUGGUGUAGUCAGAGAUGCCCACUUUAGUCAGGCACACUGGGCCCACUGCCCACUGCCUUGUGAUUCAGUAAUAACCCUGGGAGCUUGUUUGCUCUUAAAUCUGAACAUCAUAUCCCAUGUUUCAUGUUUUUUUUUUUUUUUUUUACUGUGUGGUUUUUUUUUUUAUUAUUAUUAUUUUAAAGUUAACUACUUUUUAUAAUCCUUGCACUUCGCAGUUUGUGAAAACACAGAAAUGAUGUGGAAUAUGUUUUAGUUAGAACUCACUCAGCACUGUAGCCCUGCAGAUGGUUCUAAUGAAGGAGGAAGAAGAGAAGGUGAAGAUUUGGCAAGAGUAAGCUCAGCGCUGGUACGUUUAUGCCUUUGCCUUUAAAACAUUCCCGUGGAAGAACUCAGCAAUGCUCCCUUGGAUACUUUGUCACUGAGGUUGGUUGAGUUCACCUUGCUGAUGACUGUUGAGUGGUUUUCCACCUUAGGUUUAGUACACGUUUGCUUUUCACUUUGUUAGUUUGGGAACACAACAGGAAAUACAUAGUGACUGCCAGCUGCCACUUGACAUAGCCAUAUUCACCCAUUCCUACAGGAAGCCCGUGAAAUGAAAAAGAGGGUCCAUUCCGUAUAGCCCAGGGUGCUCAGUGUUUCCGUAGGGCUGGUUGGUGCUUUCCAUAGCUUGUCACUGGCAAAGCAAAGGAAAAUGUGAUUUGUUGUAUCACUUCAGGGUGCGACAUUUCUCUGUCCCUCCAGUGUUUUCUUACCUAGUUAUUUUUAUGGAAAAGAAUAACCCUCAAGUUACAUUCUGUUAUGACUGACACUUUCUUUGUUUGAAAUAUUGUACUGAGUCUGUAGUUUGGAGUGUGGCAAAAACACACACAUCAGCAUUGUCGCAUAUCCAUAGCCGUGUUUGUGCAUCUGACACCUGUGAACCACAGAGCUGUGUUCAUUUUGUUUUCUUUGGACUAUGGAAUGAAAUGCCUUUAAAUAAAAGAGUUCUCAAUCAGC